AAAGACGGGGCUUGGGAACAGACUGCUUUCCCUGUGUCUGUGCGUUCUCAGGGUAGUCACUUUCUCCCCCCUCUCGGCUAUCAGCUGCUUUGGAGAUUACUUUCAUAGCGAGGAUUCUUUCUUUAAAGCAAUAUGAAGCGACUCCUUUCCCAGGGGCUCCAGGCUCUUGGCUUUUACUCCAUCCAAAGCCAACAUGUCACUGAAGGAUGAGCCGAGACUAAAUACCUCGGCACUGCGGAAAAUCGCUGCCGACAUGAGUAAUUUGAUAGAAAAUCUGGACACGCGGGAGCUCCACUUUGAGGGGGAGGAGGUGGAUUGCGAAGUGUUUCCUGGCGAUCCCAAGAUACAGGAAGUGUGCAUCCCUUUCUCUGCCGUUUAUAACACUCAAGGAUUCAAGGAGCCUGAUAUACAGACGUAUCUGUCCGGCUGUCCAAUACAAGCCCGAGUUCUGGAAGUGGAGCGCUUUACGUCUACAACGAGGGUACCAAGUGCCAAUCUUUAUACUAUUGAAUUAACACAUGGGGAAUUUAAAUGGCAAGUUAAGCGGAAAUUCAAGCACUUUCAAGAAUUUCACAGAGAGCUGCUCAAGUACAAAGCCUUUAUCCGAAUCCCCAUUCCCACCAGGAGACACACAUUUAGAAGACAGAAUGUCAAAGAAGAGCCUCGAGACAUGCCAAGUUUGCCCCGUUCAUCUGAAAACAUGGUCAGAGAAGAACAAUUCUUUAGCAGAAGGAAACAACUGGAAGAUUACUUGACAAAGUUACUAAAAAUGCCCAUGUAUAGAAACUAUCAUGCAACAACUGAAUUCCUUGAUAUAAGCCAGCUGUCUUUCAUCCAUGAUUUGGGACCAAAGGGCAUAGAAGGUAUGAUAAUGAAGAGAUCCGGGGGACACAGGAUACCAGGCUUGAACUGCUGUGGUCAGGGAAGAGCCUGCUACCGAUGGUCAAAAAGGUGGUUGAUAGUGAAAGAUUCCUUUUUAUUGUAUAUGAAGCCAGACAGCGGUGCUAUUGCCUCCGUCCUGCUGGUAGAUAAAGAAUUCAGAAUUAAGGUGGGGAGGAAAGACACAGAGACGAAAUAUGGACUCCGAAUUGAUAAUCUUUCAAGGACACUUAUUUUAAAAUGCAAUAGCUAUAGACAUGCUCGGUGGUGGGCAGGCGCUAUAGAAGAAUUCAUCCAGAAACACGCCACCAACUUUCUCAGAGAGCAUCGAUUUGGGUCAUACGCUGCUAUCCAAGAGAACACUUUAGCGAAAUGGUAUGUUAAUGCCAAAGGAUAUUUUGAAGAUGUGGCCAAUGCAAUGGAAGAGGCCAAAGAAGAGAUUUUUAUCACAGAUUGGUGGUUGAGCCCAGAAAUCUUCCUGAAACGCCCAGUGGUUGAAGGAAAUCGGUGGAGGUUGGACUACGUACUUAAACGAAAAGCACAACAGGGGGUGAGGAUCUUCGUAAUGCUCUAUAAGGAGGUGGAACUUGCUCUUGGGAUCAAUAGUGAAUACAGCAAGAGGACGUUAAUGCGUCUACACCCCAACAUAAAGGUGAUGAGGCACCCGGAUCACGUGUCAUCCAGUGUGUAUCUGUGGGCUCAUCAUGAGAAACUCGUCAUCAUCGACCAGUCAGUGGCCUUUGUGGGUGGGAUCGACCUGGCCUAUGGAAGGUGGGAUGAUGAUGAGCACAGACUCACAGACGUGGGCAGUGUGAAGCGUGUCCCCGUGGGACUGUCUCUGGGUUCCCUCACAGCUGAAACAAUGGAAUCUCUGGAAUCUUUAACACUCAAAGAUAAAAGUGAAUCUAAUAAAAAUGUGCCCAUCCUGAAGAAUGGUGAUGAUAUGGAUUCAAAACUGAAAGGAAUAGGAAAGCCCAGAAAGUUCUCCAAAUUUAGCCUCUACAGGCAGCUCCACAGGCACCACCUGCGCAACGUGGACAGCAUCAGCAGCGUCGACAGCACCUCCAGUUAUUGUAAUCACUGUAGAAGUCGUCAGAGUUUAAUCCAUGGUUUAAAACCCCAUUUGAAACUCUUUCGCUCUUCCAGUGAGUCUGAGCAGGGGCCCUCUGGUCCCGACAUUGACACUGGCUCCAUCCGCAGCUUACAGACGGGAGUGGGAGAGCUCCAUGGGGAAACCAGAUUCUGGCAUGGAAAGGACUACUGCAAUUUUGUCUUCAAAGACUGGGUUCAACUUGAUAAACCCUUUGCCGAUUUCAUCGACAGGUACUCCACCCCCCGGAUGCCAUGGCAUGACAUUGCUUCUGUGGUCCACGGAAGGGCGGCUCGUGAUGUGGCACGUCACUUUAUCCAGCGCUGGAACUUCACGAAGAUUAUGAAAUCAAAAUAUCGGUCCCUUUCUUAUCCUUUUCUGCUUCCAAAAUCUCAAACAACAGCCCAUGAAUGGAAAUACCAAGUGCCCGGGUCUGUCCAUGCUAACGUACAGUUGCUCCGCUCUGCUGCUGAUUGGUCUGCUGGCAUCAAGUACCAUGAAGAGUCCAUCCAUACCGCUUACGUCCAUGUGAUAGAGAACAGCAAGCACUACAUCUAUAUAGAAAACCAGUUUUUCAUAAGCUGUGCUGAUGACAAGGUCGUGUUCAACAAGAUAGGCGACGCCAUCGCCCAGAGGAUACUGAAAGCUCACAGGGAAGGCCAGAGGUACCGGGUGUAUGUUGUGAUACCCCUUCUGCCAGGGUUUGAAGGAGACAUUUCAACGGGUGGAGGAAACGCUCUACAGGCAAUCAUGCACUUCAACUACAGAACGAUGUGCAGAGGAGAAAAUUCCAUCCUUGGACAGUUAAAAGCAGAACUUGGCAAUCAGUGGAUAAAUUACAUAUCAUUCUGUGGUCUUAGAACACACGCAGAGCUUGAAGGAAACCUAGUCACUGAGCUUAUCUAUGUCCACAGCAAGUUGCUAAUUGCUGAUGACAACACUGUCAUUAUCGGCUCUGCUAACAUAAAUGACCGAAGCAUGCUGGGAAAGCGGGACAGUGAAAUGGCUGUCAUCGUGCAGGACACAGAGACGGUCCCUUCAGUGAUGGAUGGAGAGGAGUACCAAGCUGGCCGGUUUGCCCAGGGCCUUCGGCUGCAGUGUUUCAGAGUUGUCCUUGGCUAUCUUUCGGACCCAAGUGAAGACAUUCAGGAUCCAGUGAGUGACAAAUUCUUCAAGGAGGUGUGGGUUUCAACAGCAGCUCGAAAUGCUACAAUUUAUGAUAAGGUGUUCCGGUGCCUGCCCAAUGACGAAGUACACAGCUUAAUUCAACUGAGAGACUUUAUAAGCAAACCCAUAUUAGCCAAGGAAGAUCCCGUCAGAGCAGAGGAGGAACUGAAAAAGAUCCGUGGGUUCUUGGUGCAGUUCCCCUUUUAUUUCUUGUCUGCAGAAAGCCUACUGCCUUCUGUUGGAACCAAAGAAGCCAUAGUGCCCACAGAGGUUUGGACUUAAGAGUUGUUUGGGUUUGCAGCUCGAGCACGUCCGCCUGAAGAGUACACUGCGCACGGUGACUUUGUGGAGACCCUCACUGCCAAAGCCAGCCCUGAUCCACUUUUGUGUCCAACCUACGGACCCUUUGGGUUGGCUGGGAAGGGCUGCAGUCAUACUGAUAUAGGAUACUGAACAUCAGCCCUGAACAUCUAAUCCCUCCUGCCUAACCUCGAGAAAAAGGGACUGUGUUCUUAUUGGCAGCAUAUGUUCAACAACUUGCACACUUACCCAGAUUCCAUGAUGUACACCAAAGUGCAUUUCCUUUGCUAACAAGAACUUACCUGUAACUGUUAUCUAGGUUGCCGAAAAUUGUCUGAACCUCUUUAUUCUUCUCUGACCCUCCUCUGUGCGGCUGAUGUCUGCCGGACCUGCCCCCGUGUCCAUACAGACUCUGUUUGAGACUCUGUUUAUUCCUAGAAGGUGUCGUGACACUGCUUCAAGUUUCUGCAAGGUUGCUUGGGAUGCUCCUGCCCAUCUGGUCCUGAAGUUGUAAUGUUUGCCCAACCAAGAACAUGGUCCUUAUUGCUUUGCGGUGAUUGAAAGGACAGGACAGCCUUUAGUCUACACAGCAGUCCGUGUUAGGCACUUCCGAUAACAUUGACGCUAUGUAUCUUGACACCACAGGGCAACAGGAAGGAAUUAAAUUCGGUUAUCGAGGCAGGGGUUUCACGUUUUCCCCAAAGGCGCUGACAAGCUGUGUCCUUUCGAUAGGCCCACCUGAUCAAAUUUGAAAACAAGCAUAGGACAUUUGAUUACACAGAAAUCCAUAAAACUCAGAGACACAGCAGUCUGCCUUCAGAAACCCCCAAGGUAUCAGUGAUCUGAUCCAGAUAAGAAAAGAACAUUCCUUACAGUCCUAUAGAAUUUCCUGUCAUGCUCAGCUGCUGGACUGAUUGAAGUUGGAGUUUCUACAUUUCAGAAUCAAACCAGUGAAUGCGAUUUGUCUUUCGCGAGCAUCAGAGACUUCCUAACUCCUACCGAGUUGAUAAGUGUGAACCUAACCUUAUUUGACGUCCAGCUCUCCAGCUAUGUUGUCUUCUUUAAGAAAAAUUGAUGGCAAAAAUGUGCUGCUUUGCUUGCCUUAUUAAAUAUACAUUAACAUUCCACCAGGGCUUCCAAAGAAGUUAGGAUAUGUAUUAAUUCACAUUGUGUGAGUCUGUGAAUUGUUCUGGAAACCCAUUUUUCCUUUUUGGAUGUUAGCAUACCCUUUGGUAGACCAUGGCUCUGAUUUCACCAAGCAGAACUAUUCUUACAGCCUGAGGGGUUAAUGUGGGUUCCUAAAAGGCCUGUGCCCAUAAAACAUGGUGUAGGUGCAUGGAUCACACGUCUAUGGGGUACCUGCACAGAAUCUCAUUUGAGUUGUUCUUCAAAGAAGCGAGGACCCGAUCCCUGUUUUCAUGGAGCUAAUAGUCCGGUGGAAACGGUUGAACAGGAGCAUGAAGUCACUGGUCUGGGUUCAUAAGAGAGAGACAGUGUCACAUCCAGGAGAGGGUUUCACAGCUAGAGAACAUUUCACAAAUGAGGUGGGACUAUGUAACCAACAGUGGAAAGGGGUAUGCUUUUAUGAAUAAAUAACUUAUUUCUCAGAUGGCUGAAGAUGGUAAAAUAACUUCAUGCUGCAGCAGUUGUAAAUAAGACAUUUGCUAUUUGUGAAAGAAGUUUAGAUUGGCAUUUAAAGUGUUGAGUGUAUGUGGGAUAACUAAGGAUUUCUUAUAUUUCUUACAUUUCAUUUUAAAAAUAUUUUUAAACCAUAGAACGGUCAACAAACUGGCUCUUGAUUUUGUGCAAGAUGGUCCCAUAAAACCAUGAAAAAUAAGAGGCUGAAAGGGCCCUUUCCCUUAAAAUAAUCACUUGAUCCAAGCUCUGCCCAUUUUGUAGAUGAGGAAACUAAGGCCCCGAGUGGCUGAAGGACUCACUUAAAUUCAUCCAACUUAUAGAUGAUGGAACUGAGACUAGUGAAAUUGCUGCAGUCCGUUGUCGGCCUCUCCUUUCACUUCAUCACUGCCCAAAAAUGAGGAGAGGCAGCACGUAGAUUUCAGACAGGGUGUCUCCAAGCUGUGUUGAACCCUGUGGUAUUGUGUAAUUAUGUGCUUGCCUGUCUGCCUUACUGGAAUGUAAGCCCCACGGGCCAGGGACUCUCCUGUGUUUCGUUCACAGUGUAUCCCCAGAGCCUGGGACAGUGCCUGGCACAUAGGUGCUCAAUGACUGUUUGUCGGAUGAAUAAAUGAGGUGGAGGAGCGAGCUAAUGAAAUGAGAAACUUAUGGAGUCUCAGACUCAGACAAGUGAUCUCACUGCCGGUUCUGUGGCAAGUGUUUUUUACUGCAUCUUCUCAAAGGCAGGAUGCUCAUCGGCAAAGAUGAGAGGCUGCAAGAUUUACUUAGAUGGAUUUCAUGGAAACUUCAGUGCAAUAAUUGCCUGUUUGCAAUAGCAGUUUACAUAGUGCAGCAUUCUGCAAAAAUCACAUGGGAUGUGGACAAGAGAUGUACUGUGUGGCCUGAUUACUCGUCCUUCUCUCACCGUUACCACCUAAUAGAUGUUCAGAUAAUUUAGCUUUAACACUGCAAUGUCAUUUAUAAACUUUAAAAUGCAAAUGACCCAAAGCCUUGGAAAGCUAUUAUGAAUCUAUUUAAUGUUUCAAAUUGCCUAUAAUCUUUUGAAAUGCCUAUAAAUGCUGUACCUGACA